GGAUGUGAUAUUUAGUGUUUCGUACCGAGAACAUGUUAUAUCUGGAAGACUUUUUGGAGAUGAUCGAGCAAUUGCCUCAAGACUUGAGAGACCGCUUUACUGAAAUAAGAGAACUAGAUCUCAAAGUACAGAAUGCCUCAGAUACAAUGGACGGUCAUUUUAGAUCAUUUUUUGCUCUUGCAAAGAAGAAUAAACCCGAAUGGAGGGAAGAGCAGUUCAAGCAUAUCAAAGAGGACUACAAGAAGAUCUUAGAUGAGGCAGAAGAAAAGGUUGUCUUAGCCAAUCAAAUGCAUGACUUGGUGGAGCGAUAUCUCAAGAAACUUGACAUUGAAUUAUCAAAGUUCAAACUAGAACUGGAAGCAGACAGUGCGGGCAUUACAGAAAUGCUUGAACAAAGAUCACUGCAACUUGAUCAGACACCAGUUCCUUCACCUGUGAGUCAGCCAUCACACAGUCAUUAUCAUCAUCACCACAGUCACAAACGGAAAGCAAGCAGUUUAGGAGACAAUCAUUACACAAGGGGUUAUGGUAGCAACUAUCACUCUUCGCCACCAUCUCCUAAUGGUGGCAGUUCAUCGUACUAUAAUGGUGUUGGAUACAGUGGUACAGCUCCUGCUCAAAAUCAAUAUAGUCAGCAUUAUCCUAGCAAGAUGGCAAGGACUUCAUCGUAUGUAGUUAGUAUUCCACAAGAUGAAAGCAGUCCAGUUACGCCAGGUUCACAGCAUGCAAUGCAAAGGCAAGUUUCGUCUUCAGCAGGAAUUCAAGACUCACAUGGUCGAAGAGGAAGUGGAACACUGAAGCUUGCAUAUACAAAUCAGAGUGGUAGUGGUUUUAUUACAGCUGUAUCACAAGCUGAACCAGUUCGUAGUCAUUCUGUUGUUGGAACAAUUGGCAGUAUUUCAAGCGUAGGUGGUGGAGGAGCAUCUACUGUCACAGCAUCUGGUAUACUAGCCACUGUGCCGAUUGGGACAACAGAAAUGAAGCCACACCGAAAGAAGUCUCAUUCUAGAACUGUGUCAUCAACUGCCGACUUUGCUAUAACAGGCAGCGCUCCAGCAACACCAAGUGCGCAAUACGGAGCACCAGACAUACCAGCCAAUGAUGGAGCAACAACAACAGUCCUUCCGAUGUCGACUGGACGCGGUGAUUUAUCCAGUAGAGUAGUAGAAGGCUCUGCUCCUGUACAAGAAAUAGCUGCAGCAUGGACAGAAGAGAUAGACCCAAAUGAGCCUCGUUAUUGUCUCUGUAACCAGUAUUCAUAUGGUGAAAUGGUUGCCUGUGACAACCUUGAAUGUCCAAUCGAGUGGUUCCAUUAUGGCUGCGUAGGAAUCACUGAACCACCCAAAGGAAAAUGGUAUUGUCCACGGUGCAUACAGGCACGACGACGAGGACGGAACAGAUAGACAUGAUCUAGUGAUACAAUUGUAUU